GAGGCCCCGCCCCUCCCAGGCCCCGCCCUCGCCGGGCAGGCGGGCGCCCUAGCUGUCCGCGGAGCCGGGACAUGCAGCCCGAUUGCUUGUCGGCGGAGGACGAGCGGCGCUGCAGGCAGCUGCUGGCGAGGACCACUGCCCGGUUCCGCGCGCGGCCCGCGGCGGCCGCGGUGCUCGUUCCGCUGUGCCUUGUGCGCGGAGUCCCGGCGCUGCUCUACACGCUGCGCUCCAGCCGCCUGGCAGGCCGGCACCAGGGGGACGUCAGUUUCCCAGGCGGCAAGUGUGACCCCACGGACCAGGACGUGGUGCACACAGCCUUGCGGGAAACCCAGGAGGAACUGGGCCUGGCCGUGCCGGAGGAGCAUGUGUGGGGCAUCCUGCGGCCUGUGCAUGACACGAGAAAGGCCACAGUGGUGCCAGUGCUUGCCAGUGUGGGCCCACUGGAUCUGCAGAGCCUCAAGCCCAACCCCAAGGAGGUGGAUGAGGUGUUUGUGCUGCCCCUGACCCACCUGCUGCAGACACAGAAUCAGGGCUAUACCCACUUCUGCCAGGAUGGCCACUUUGGUUACACGCUACCCGUCUUCCUGCAUGGACCACACCGUGUCUGGGGGCUCACAGCUGUUGUCACUGAUUUCACCCUGCAGCUGCUGGCCCCUGGCACCUACCAGUCCCGCCUGACCAGCCCUGAGCUGCUCAGAGGCUGAGGGCCUGGCCCUAAGUCACUCCUGCCUUCACCCUGCAAGGCCACUGCAGACCUGAAUAAAGAGUCUUCAGCAA